AUGACUGGACGCGGCAAGGGCGGCAAGGGUCUCGGCAAGGGCGGCGCCAAGCGUCACCGCAAGAUUCUUCGUGACAACAUUCAGGGUAUCACCAAGCCCGCCAUCCGUCGUCUCGCGCGUCGUGGCGGUGUCAAGCGUAUUUCUGCCAUGAUCUACGAGGAGACCCGUGGUGUUCUGAAGUCCUUCCUUGAGGGUGUCAUCCGUGAUGCCGUCACCUACACUGAGCACGCCAAGCGCAAGACCGUCACGUCUCUCGACGUCGUCUACGCUCUCAAGCGCCAGGGCCGUACUCUCUACGGUUUCGGUGGUUAA